AUGCGUUGGCAGAAACUUCUUACUCCGAAGGACGACGUCCGGGGCCGAAAGGUUCAGUUGGUGGCGGCCUUUUUAGAUUUGGCGCUGCAGACUCCCCCCUUCACGGUGGGGAAGGACGACAAAGAUCCCGCGUUUUUGGCGAAGUCGCCUCUGGGUCGUCUGCCUCUGCUCGAGUCUGAGCUGGCUGGCGGCGUGUGCCUCGUGGAGAGCAACGCGAUUUGCCGCUACUUGGCUCGUCUGCGCGCAGACAAGGGCCUCUACGGCGAGACGCUCGCGGAGCAGGGCGAAGUCGACAUGUGGCUCGACUUCUCGACGCUGGAAGUCGAGGUCCCGAUGUGCUGCUUGGUGCAGGGCGGCAAGGUCGCGGAGCGUGCGCAGAGCGAUUUGACGCGCGCGCUCACCGCCGUCAACGCGCACCUGAAGACGCGCACUUUCAUGGUCGGCGAGAAUAUCACGAUUGCCGACUUGUGCCUGGUCACUGUCCUCAGCUACGGCUUCCGCUCGGGCAAGGUCGACGAGCAGAGUAUCCUCGCGAAGCACCCGCACCUGAAGCGGUGGUACGAGACGCUCGUGAACCAGAAGGCCUUCAAGAAGGUCUUUGGCGAGGCGAAGGCGGCCGCCAGCGGAGCUGCCAAGGCGCAGGCCGCGCCCGCAAAGGAGGCCAAGAGCGCGCCGGCGGCGGAGGAGCCCGCGAAAAAGCCGGCGGUGAAGUGCGAGUUGGACUUGCUGCCUGAGCCGAGCAUGGACUUGAACGAGUGGAAGCGCGUCUAUUCCAACACGAAGGACUUGUACGGAACCGCGAUGAAGUGGUUUUGGGAGCACCUCGACAAGGCGGGCUACUCGCUCUGGUACAUGCGCUACCAGAAGCUCGAGGGGGAGUGCACUGUGGCGUUUGUCACCUCGAACCAACUCGGCGGCUUCAUGCAGCGCAUCGACCCCGCCUUCCGCAAGUACUCCUUCGGCGUGAUUGACGUGAUGGGCGAAAACAGCAACUUCGACAUCGAGGGCAUCUGGCUUUUCAGAGGCCAAGACGUGCCCAGCCUGAUGAAGGAUCAUCCCUCGUACGAGUAUCACACCUGGCGCAAACUCGACGCCGACAACGAAAAAGACCGAAAGAUGGUCGCCGACUACUGGUGCGCCUGCGAGGAAAUCGAGGGCCGCCCCAUCGCCGACAGCAAGGUGUGGAAAUAA